AGUGUUGCGGAGAAACGCCCAAGGAUUGAUCGCUUCGAUCACCAAACCUCGCAGAGCUGCAAUUCAGUCACUCCCAAACGAUGGAGUUUUCUUUGCCAGCGAUGGAGGAUCGCGCGUUAUGUGCAUUUCAAGGUAGAAAUCAAGCCCCAUGCCCUGGAUUAGCGUGAGGCGACAACAAUUGUGUUGGGUUUUGGAGCUUUUUUGUGGAUGGAAUUUUGAGAGUUAGGUUUGCAAGCACGGAGGGAGGGUUGUUGUGUGGGCGGGACUUGGAGGGAGAGUUGCAGGAGAAGGAGGAGGAAAAGAAGAGAUAGAUUGCGAUGUAUCAAUGGCGGAAGUUUCAGUUUUUCGAGGAGAAGCCACCUGGGCCCGCGGUGGCGGAGGAAGUGAAGGAGAAGGUGGUGUGCAGUACCAGUGGGCGAGGACAGAUUGUUCUCGGGGCCGAGGAUGCUAUGUUGCAUGUGCUGGAUCGUGGGUUGAAGCUCAAUUAUAGCUUUCAGGCUCAUUCCGAUCGCGUUCUCUACAUUCAGCAACUCAAGCAACGACAUGUUUUGAUAUCACUGGGGGAGGAUGAGGCCGCUUCGAUGAAAGGAUCUGGAUUGAAUCUGAAGAUGUGGGAUCUUGACAAGAUCCAACCCGAAGGCUCUAGCACCACGGGUCCUGCUUGCGUCCGCUCAAUUCGGAUUUUCGAUAACAAGUUCCCCGAAGCUCAGAUUACGUCAUUUUUGGUGUUUGAGGAAGCGCCUCCAAUUGUAUUAAUCUGCAUUGGGCUCGACUCUGGCGAAAUCUGCUGCAUACGUGGUGACAUUGCUCGGAACCGUGUAACCAGACUAAGACUUUCGGUGGAUCCAGCUGUUGAUGGUGGCCAGCCUGCGUCUCCAGUGACGGGCUUAGGUUUCCGGGUUGAAGGUCAAAUGCUCCAACUCUUUGCAGUGACCACUUCGUCCAUAAACCUCUUUGACAUGCACGAUUCAUCACCACAAAAGAAGGUUAUUGAUCAGAUUGGUACUGAGGGACGAUGCGUUGCAAUGAGUGACAAUCAAGAUCUUGUGAUUGGGCGUCCAGAAGCAGUAUAUUUCUACGAGGUAGAUGGGCGGGGACCCUGUUGGGCAUUUGAAGGAAGUAAGCAGUUCAUUGCGUGGUUCCGUGGGUACCUUGUAGUGGUUUCAUCCGAUCCUCGCAAGCCCAGUAAAAACGUGUUAAAUAUUUACGAUUUGAAGAAUAAGCUCGUUGUGUACAAUAGUUCAAUUGGUGAAGUGGCACACAUCUUGUGCGAGUGGGGCACUAUCACGGUGCUCACUCAGGACCAACAAAUCUUAUGUAUUGCUGAGAAAGACAUGGGAAGUAAACUUGACAUGCUGUUUCGCAAGAGUUUGUAUACUAUUGCUAUCAAUCUGGUUCAAAACAAUCAAGCUGAUGCUGCGGCGACUGCAGAGGUUAUGCGCAAGUAUGGUGACCAUCUAUACGGUAAACAGAACUAUGAUGAAGCAAUGGCUCAGUACAUUCGCACGAUUGGGCAACUGGAGCCCUCCUAUGUGAUUCAAAAGUUUCUGGAUGCGCAGCGUAUACACAACCUAACUCAUUACCUAGAAAAAUUGCAUGAAAAGGGGCUAGCAACGGCAGAUCACACCACACUGCUCCUUAACUGCUACACAAAGCUCAAAGACGUUUCAAAGCUGAAUGAUUUUAUCAAAGGGGAGGAAGGCAAAGAAGGAGAGCCUCGGUUUGAUGUGGAGACAGCUGUAAGGGUAUGCAGAGCUGCUGGGUAUUACCAACAUGCACUCUUUGUGGCAAUGCGAGCAGGGGAGCACGAGUGGUACUUGAAAAUACUGUUGGAGGAUUUGAAACGGUAUGAAGAAGCUUUGCAAUAUAUCAUAGGGUUGUCUUUGUAUGAGUCUACGGUCGCAUUAAAACAGUAUGGCAAGGUGCUCGUGGAGCACAAGCCAGCUGAGACAAGUGCAGCGCUUCUGAAGCUGUGUACCAACAGUGGAGCCACUACUCCAACUCUUGGUGCUUCAUCUAGCAGUGGGAGGUUAACCAGCUUACUACCUUCUCCAGUUGAAUUUGUCCACGUCUUCAUUGACCAGCCGAAGUGGCUUAUUGUGUUUCUGGAGCAGUACGUAGAGGUGGUGAAAGAUUCUCCUCAACAUGUUGAGCUUUACAACACUUUGCUCGAGCUUUAUUUAUCGGAAGAACUUCGCAGCCCAGGCUUACCCGAAGACCCCUCUCCACCGGAGGAACCUGACUCUCAGACUGGGGAAGGAGAUUCUAAGGACACUAACGAAGGCCACCAUCAUGGAAAUCUAAUCCUUGCAGCUGGUGGGCAAGUGAUCGCAGCUGGAGGUCAAGUGAUUGCUGUUGGUGGCCAAGUGAUCAAGGCAGUUGGAAAAAUAGGGGGGCUUGUGUUGCCUAUUCACAGAAGCAAAGAGCAGGAACCGGUUACUGAUAUCGAUCCAGAAGAGGAAGAAAGAGCUCACAAAGUGGCGAUGAUAGAGGCUGUCCCAACUGAAGAUCAAGUUGCGCGGCGUGCCAAGGCACUGGUGUUGCUUAACCUUGGAUGGGGUCCUCAUGAACAAUCCCCGCAGUAUGAUGUGGACCUUGCGCUAGUGCUUUGCCAGAUGCACAAGUUUCGGGAUGGUCUGUUGUUCCUUUACGAGAAGCUGAAACUUUACAAAGAAGUUUUAGCAGUCUAUAUGAAGGAUCAUGACUACAAGGGCCUCAUUUCGACUUGUAAGCGCUUGGGUGAAACUUCUCGUGGUGGAGACCCAACUCUAUGGAACGAUGUAUUGUCUUACUUUGGUGAUCAUGGCGAGAACUGCUCUGAUGAAGUGAGGGAAGUGUUGGUGCACAUUGAACGUGAUAAUCUGCUUCCUCCUUUAAUUGUCCUUCAGAAACUCUCCAAGAAUCCCAAGCUGACUUUGUCAGUGGUGAAGGACUACAUUGCGCGGCAACUGCAGCAGGAAACUCGGUUGAUUGAAGAAGAUCGGAAAGUCAUUGAGAAGUAUCAGGAGGAAACCGAAGCCAUGCGAGCUGAAGUGCGAGAGCUUCGUUCCCAUGCACGCAUUUUCCAGCUGAGCAAAUGCACUGCGUGCACCUCGGCUCUGGAUUUACCUGCGGUCCACUUUCUGUGCAUGCAUUCCUUCCAUCAGCGCUGCCUCGGGGAUAAUGAGAAGGAGUGCCCAGUGUGUGCACCCACCAGUCGCCAUGUUCUGGACGUGAAACGGUCCCUGGAGGCCAAUGCGAAUGACCACGACACCUUCUUCCAGUUGCUGCGGAACUCCGACGAUGGGUUCUCCGUCAUUGCUGAGUAUUUUGGGAGGGGCAUUUUGAAUCAAGGACCCCAACCGAAAGGCGGUAGUAAGUCACUCAGUAGGUCAAGCAGUGUAAUAAAUUAGUUGGUUUCUUUUGCUUGUAUUCGUGAGCAGCCAAGUAUAUUGUUUUUAUCAAUUCUUUCCAACAACUGAAUGUAGUUCACUACCAAUUCCAGUCCUGUGUCGAGAUACGGUUGGUUUCCCACACGAUUGUUAUUUGUUAUUUUAAUUGUGUAUAUAUUUCAUGUUUCUAGUAA